UCGAGUGUAUAAAAAAGCCGGCGAGAUCCGGUACUCUCCCAUUGCAACAAGUACGCCAGAUCUCGUAAUCAACAGAGGGAUUUUUCGACAGAAUUCGAGAGGCUUUAAACACUCGAAUAUGUGGAAAUUCGUCGGGAUGACGAUACUUCUGAGUCGCGCGGUGAUCGCAAAUAUCAACGAGGAAAAUUCUUAUUAUUUGAGCGAGCGAGAGGAGGAAAACAGGUCUUUGGAAGGCUUGGGAAAUUCACGGGGAACAACAUCGGAAUUAACGAGACUCGACGAAAACGAGAAUGAGCCGCGCGAAAAGCAACAACCGGAAAACGAAUCGUUACUAGAUUAUUCGAACCUGAAGAGUCAACCUAAACGAUCGAUCGUUCGCAUGAAUUUAAACGAGCGAAGGUCGGAAUUACGACAGGCACCGGCAUCGUUGGCUACGCUGCUCUAUUGGCCGGAACGACAAGAUCAAGCUAUUCGCAUGGACACUCGACGAAAUCCGUCGUUCAGCCCAUGGGGCGGUAAACGAGACAUGGACCGUUACAAAACCAUCACAAAAAUACGGAGGCCCGUCAGAGUGCCUUUCAACAGUUGGGGCGGUAAGCGUAGCACCGAAACAGACCGUAUUCAGUCCGACUAUGACAAAAGGAACGAAGAAAAAGAUAUGAUGGGAGAACGCGAGCCCCGAAAGCCAUCACCAAUCUUCCAUUCUUGGGGUGGCAAGCGACGAUCCAACGAGUUUCCUCAGAGUUUUGGAGAGACUUCAAAACAUUCUUAUGACUUGGAAGAUCCAUUACAAAAGGAAAGAUCCGAUAUGGACAACUUCAGCAAUUACAGAGAUCAAUCAAGAAGCUUCGAUAAAUUGAUCAACAAUGAGGCUGAGGGAAAACGCGGAUCUCUCAAGCUUGUUGGAAGCAGUCCAAUUACCACAUCAGGAAGUACAGUCCAAGACCAUUUUGCAAGAGUACCGUUUGAGCCCUGGGGUGGAAAGAGAACGAGCGAAUUACAAUUCAGCGACGAUGAUCCACAAACACCUAGUGUUUCACUUAUAUUUCGUAAAUCAGGACAAAUUUUUCCAUAGAUCUAUCAAAUAAAUGGCUGACAACAUUUAGAAUAAUCCCCAUCGAUAAUGAAGUCAGUGCUGGCCCGCAUUCGACCUCACCGAAGUAAACAAGAAAUUAGCACUUAAUCGCUAAUUUUGCCUGACAAAUUCCAUUUCACUUUCCAUCCUGUUCUUACUCCAUAAAAAAACCCAAAUAUAAGAUUUUCUUUGCUUCGCAUGAGAAUUGACUAAUGAGCUCGUUUGAAAGAUGAUUCAAAACCCUGUUUCAUCAGUUUUGAUUCAGUUGGCUAUGAAAUCUUAAUGAUAGUAAUAGAAAGUAUAGACCUGAAAACUGUAUAGCUGCAAAUCGUAAAUGAAACUUCUGAAUAUUUAUUGUUCGUCUAAAUAUAUGUUUAAAACCAUU